AUGCAGUACCUAUCAAAGGCGUACAACUAUUACUCGGGCAUCAACCCCGCCACCCUAUCCGGCGCUAUCGAUGUGAUCGUCGUUCGCAGCGUCGACGAGACGACGGGCGAGGAGACGCUCGCAUGCUCGCCCUUCCAUGUGCGCUUUGGCAAGCUCCAGGUACUUCGUCCCGGAGAGAAGCGAGUCACUCUCCGGCUACCAAACAACCUGCCGGCCCCACACAUCGCCCCGUUCAGCAUGAAGGUCAUGGAGACGGGCGAGGCGUUCUUUGUGCUCGAGACGGACGAGGACGUGCCAGAAGACCUCUUGACUAGUCCUGUUGUCAUGGCAGCGGAUGCGGCGACUCCCAGUGUCCAUGCAAAGGACGACGAACCCGAGUUCACUUCAAAGGGCUCAUUGACGAAUGAGCCCUUUGGCUCCACCGAGGCAGUUGCCAACCACGACGGGCACGAUGACGGCCCCGAACUUGCCGAGGUGGAGCCCCUCGAUUUGAACGAGUUUGAAGGCAAGAAGGCCAAGGGCGAUGACGAGGGCAAGAAGACCAACGGCGACAGCCUCGGCGCGCCGACAAAGCACAAGCGGACCGGCUCCAACAACCCGCCUGUGGACCAGAGGCCACCUAACCCCCUCGCUGCUGGGCCUGGCGAGACGACCGACCUGCCUAUGCGUAACAGCAGAUUGGCAAACAUUCACAGCGACGAGGCCGAUGUCGAUCUCCCGAGGGUGUCACCUGGUGUCCAUGACGGCCCGAAUAUCGUCUACGGCAAGGACAUUGUCAUGGACGCGGAGGGUUUCCACAACCAGCCUGACGACAAGGCCGCGGGUGACAAGGCCGCGGACGCCGAGCUCAAGAAGGGCUCGGAGCUCGAGGACACGGUCAAGGACAAGCAGGUUGAUAUUCUCGUCACCGACCUAAUGGCCGUUUCGUCAGGUACCGACGCGGCGGCCGUCCCUCCGCGCAAGGGCUCUGAAGGCGGUGAGAAGCGUGGAAGGCGCGACUCUGAGACUCUCCCUUCGUCCAUUGCUGCUCUGUCGCUUGAUGCUCCGUUCAGCACGUUCACCAGGUCCCGAUCGCCACCGGCCCCUGUUCGCCGUAAUAUGCGCGCUCAGACUGAGCCUCCCGAGGACAGCCGCCCGUCGUCCCCGACAUUGCCGGGUGAUGCUGCCGACCCCUCGCAGAUGGACCUCGCCUGGGACUGGGGGCGCCCUCCUGCGGAUGAGGAUUCUGGAGACGCUGAAACGCCGAUGCCCAAGCGCUCGCAGAGCCUGUCUGUCGAGUCGCUCAGCGCCCAGAAGCCCAAGGCGCACAUCCGCUGUAUCGUGGACGACCCCAAGACCUUUGUCUUGGAACUGGACGGCAGGUCGCACUUGUUCGAGCUGUCUCUGUGUGGUGUCGACGGCUUUGCGCCGGAUGGUCAUGCUACGCCGGAUGAGGCCGAGGACUUUGAGGACGAGCAGAUUACGUUCCAGAAGUUCAUGGAGGACCCCGCUCUCGUCGAUGACCCCAGACUUGUUGUGCACUACAACGACCUGUUCUUGACGUGGAAGACGGGCUACCACCUGCUCUUUGCCCUCGCGCUGUACCGCCGCGCUCUCAAGAUUAACGAUGACAAGCCAACGGCUCCCAAGGCCCCUGUGCCGUCCUCGGGAUACUUCUCGAGAUGGUGGAGAAGAGCCGAUGCGCCGGCUCUCACUGCCCAGCCUAUCGAGAGAACCCAGUCGGCUCAGGCGGCCUUCCCAGACAAGGCCAAGGACGCGACCAAGGACGCGGCUACCAAGCUGUCCGCGAGCCCGCCCGAGAAGGGCCUUGUCCCGCCUCCCAACGCGUCACUGCCAGCAUCCGAGUUGCCUACCAGGCCAGUGUCGCCAGAGGCAGUCUCAGACGAGGAGCCUGAGAAGCACUACGCCAAGACACUCCGUCUCACGUCGGACCAGCUCAAGGAGCUCAAUCUCAAGCCUGGCCCCAACACUGUCCAGUUCUCGGUCAUGUCGUCGUACUCUGGCUACGCUGUCGUGACUGCUCGUUUGUUCCUGUGGGAGAGCACCGACCAGGUUGUCAUUUCCGACAUUGACGGGACCAUUACCAAGUCGGACGCCUUGGGCCACUUGUACGCCGCCAUUGGCCGCGACUGGACGCACAUUGGCAUUGCCAAGCUCUACACCGACAUCACCAACAACGGGUACAAGAUGCUGUACCUCACUGCCCGUGCCAUUGGCCAGGCCGAGACGACGCGCGAGUACCUCAAGACGAUUACGCAGGGCGACUACAGGAUGCCCGAGGGCCCGGUUAUCAUGAGCCCUGAUCGUCUCAUGGCCAGUCUUCAUCGCGAGGUCAUUCUCCGCAAGCCCGAGCUGUUCAAGAUGGCGUGUCUGCGUGAUAUCCAGAGGUUGUUUGGCGUGCACGCCAAGGACGCCUUCUUUGCCGGCUUUGGCAACCGUAUCACCGACGCCAUGAGCUACCGCUCGGUCGGCAUCGAGACGGGCAAGAUUUACACCAUCGACUCGACUGGUGUCAUCAAGACCGAGCUGCUGCAGACGUCGCACAAGGGCAGCUACGUCGGUCUUAACGACUUGGUCAACAUGGUGUUCCCUCCGGUUGACAAGAAGGCACAGCCCGAGUUUACCGACUUCAACUACUGGCGUGACCCUAUUCCGCAGUUUGAGAUUCCGGACCUCGUGCCCACACCCGUGUCGCCGGCGCUGUCGGCUGUCUCUGAGGCCUCUGGCGGCUCGCGACUUUCGCGACUGCUCGGUCUGCGCUCGCGCUCCCCCACGGCCGAGAUCACCUCGAGACCCACGUCGCCGCUCAUGGGCCCUGCUGUUACGGCGGACGACCUGAGUGAGACGGAGGAGGAGCACCAGUGGCUGAGCAACGGUCGGGCUAGCGGUCGUGCAAGCCCCUCUAGCAUGCCUGGUAGCUUUGAGGACGGCGCCGCGUUCCCCGACGAGUGGUUUGAGCGCGACCGUAAGACCAGCUCGCCAGGACACGAUGAUGACGAGGGCGACGAUGACCUGUCCGAGGCGGAGGAUGGCGAGCAGGCCGACUCGUUUGCCGACGACGACGCGAUCUUUGACGACGACAUUCUGGCUGCCGGUGAAAUGGCGCGUGUGCCGUUCUAG